AUGUCUCUAGUUGUAAUUUGCUACCUAUACAUCUUUCGAGUUUUAAAUAUUUUUAAUCUUGAAAUGUAGCGUGAUUUGUUGGAGAUAUAAGUGCUGUCUACUAUAUCGUGGGUUUUACUACUGAUUCUAAUGGAGAUGCACAUUUUUCUUUUUUUUUGUGGCUCCUAGAUUCAUUUUACAAAUUUAAAAUCUUGUCAUCAAAUUUUAAUUACUGCGUUUAAUUUAAAGAUAACAUUUUCUAAAUUUCUUCAUUGAUAAUAGGAAAUUUCAAUUUUAAUUUAUUGUUCUUUUGAACGUCAUUGUGCGUCGUGUUUACCGUCGAGCAGACGACACUGUCGACCACGUGAAAGUUGUGUUCCUUUAUUUAUCAAAGAAAAAUGGGUCGAAAAAUUCCUGGAAAAAAGCACCGAGGUGUGAAAGACCCUUUCAAACAGCAGGCAAAGCGAAAAGCAGAGUUAGAAACGAAGAUAAAUGCACCGCCAAAAGAUGCGGACGAUCAAGCUAUACCGAAGAGUUUAGAAAAAAUAGUGAGAUUGAAAGAAGCAGUGAAAUCAGGGAAGAUAACUAAAGUAAAGAACAAGAAAAAGAAAAGAAAGAAUGCUCUUAUAUCUGUCGGCGAGCAGAAUUCUAAACUGUCCCAUCCGAAAGCUAAACCGGAUAAGGUUGUUCCUAUAUUUCGACAGAAAGCUGGAGAAAGCAAAGAGCAAUUUUUGCACAGAGUUGACAGGGAUACUCAUGCUUUUCUCAAGGAAACUCAAUUUGAAAAGAAGUAUGGUGUCCUAGUAAAUAGGAAUCCAAAAACAGGGAACAUCGAAGGAGUUACAAAGUGUAGCAAAGAUGAAUUGGACAACAUUAAAAAGUUAAAAGUAAAAGAUAAAGAUACCAAGAAAAAGAAGAAGAAGAAAGCUGUUGAUAAGCCUAAAAUGACAAAGGCUCAGAAAAGGAAGGAAAAAUUGAAAUUGAAAAAAGAAAAACUGAAGGAGGAUGAAGUGGAUGAGUUUGAAAGUUUGAAGGAUGAAGUUGAAUUUGGGGAAAUUGUUCAUGAACCACCACAGAUAAAAGUUAGGCCAAAAAAGGCUGACUCUUUAAGUGCCACCAAGCCUGGCAAGAAAGAUCUCUUGUUACAUUCAGUUCUAAAGAAGAGUAAAGCACCCAAAAUGAAUACUAAGAAAGUUUCUAUAGACAAAUCAGGCAAACGUAAAAAUUUGCCAAUUGGAGAAAGGAGGCAACUGGAAAAGCAGCAAAGCGAUAUUAUAGCAACAUACAGAAAGUUAAAACUACAAAAGUCUGCUGGUUUUGACACCUAGGAUCGGACCUUAAAGAGAGCACAAACGUAAACGAGAGUGGUGAAGAUGAGAGAGAUCCAUCUACUAACAGAGUGUGGAAAUUAACCGAGUGUUGAAGUGAGAGCCGCAUUAACAGCGUGUUAUUAACGUCAUGUAACGAACAACGCGAAAGUAAUCAUGGAGAAGGCCUGCAGCUUACGUUGGAGUAAUCCGAGAGCCACCAAGGACGGUGAAUCGGUGAGAUCGAAAGGCUGACAGUGUCGAGAAACCCCGAAACAACCCCCAAAAAAUUGGAAACAAUCGGUGAGUCAGUGAUUCGAAUCGAAGAGACUUUGUUCGCGAUUCGCGAGCGACAUUCCAAAAUU